UUCAAUAAUAAAUAAAGAACAGUUUUUUUUUUUGUCUAAAUGUAUCGUAAUUAUUGUGAAAAAUGGAUAAAUUAUGGAAACAUCAACAAUUGGAUAAUAAUAUAGAGUUACGUGCAAAGAAACAAUCCACAAAAUGGGAAAUUUUGGUGACAUCUUUUAUUAUAAAUGCCCUUGUACCAACUACAUUCUGUUCAUUUGGUAUUUACAUUAUGUGCUUGGAAGAUAUUCAUAUUAAAGUCAGCGAAACCAUUUGGAAUCCUACAAUAUUUUUGGUUUCAUUUAUUAUAUCAAAGCCAUGGUGUCAAGAACUCGCAGAAUUUUGGGUUGAAAAUGGAAAAAAAUCGGGUAGAUGGUGGACCAUUCUUGGAGUAAUAAUAGCUGCAAUAAGCAUCGCUGCCAAUUUAAUGACAAAUAGUAUUUUUUUGAAUACUAUCGUGACUGGAAUACUUGCAGGAAGUGGUGUUAGUAUUGUUUUGGAGUAUGUAAAGUCAAAUGUUAAUGAUCACUUUCAAUUGCAAAAUCCAUUAAUUCGUGUUGUAGAUGAAGCUGCCCUUGCAAUUGGUCAAUUUAUUAUUCCACACUUAACAUAUGGAUUCAUCCGAUUGUAUACAUUACAAUAUGCACCAAUACUUCAAAGUACAAUUUUAAUUCAAAUUAUACCGUCCAUAUUGUUAUUAAAAAACUCGUUAAUUGGCUUACCAACAAUUAAAUCUCGAUAUUCCGAUUUUCAAAGGCCACUAGCAUUACUAACUGAUCAAGAAAUGGUUGUAUUCAAUGCAGAACACGUUACUGCUACUCCUGAAGUAAAUACUAAUGAAAAUGGCAGUAAUUUAAGCACAUUUCGACAGUGGAAGAGUUUACCAAAUAUAUCGCAAACUGAAGAAGUUCUUCAAUCAAAUCAAACACAAGAAAAUGAGCAAGACAAUAAAAAUGACAAUAUCGUAGAAGAAAUUGUGAAAGACAAUGAAAAUAUUCCGGAGAAUCCAAAUACUAAUAUUUUCCGAUUAAAAACUGAAUAUGGUGUUGAAAUUUUACCAGAAAUACCUGAAGAAAAUGAAGAUACAUGUUCAGUAAUCAGUAGUAACACAAAUGUGUAUAAUAAAAAUUUAAAUCGUUUAAGUGUCAUUAGUACAAAACUUGAUGAAAUGAUUUUACGACAAGAUGCAAAAGAUGUCUAUAUUACUGAUAGUAAAGAUGGCGUCUUAUCGAUUUCAAAUGAACAUAGUUAUAAAAUAUUAUCGGAAAAUACAAAUUAUAAUUCAAUAUUAUCACCAUAUAAGACAUAUCGAGUAAAAAAAUCUUAUCGUUAUUUAAAACAUUACAUUUACGAUUGGUUUUUACGACCAUUAAAAUUAUCAUUAAAGUUAAAUUCAUUUUAUUUAACAUUAUUUGCUAAUUUAUCGUUGUAUCUUAGUUGGUAUUCAUUCUUAUGUUUUAUUCCUGUAUUUACAAAAUUGAUUGAUGCAUCAUCAUUGAUUGGUUUACAUGAACCAGUAUUUAUAAUAUCGAUUGCAGCAUUUUUAUGGAUUGUAUUUCUAAUAAUUACACCGUGGAUAGCUGAUCUUCCAAAACGUCAUUUGAAAAUUAUUUUUAUAUUUGGUACAAUACUGAAAGGAAUUGGAUUCUUUGUAUUUGCAAAUAGUUCAAAUCAUGAAACAGUUACGUUUGGCAGUAUUAUUUUUGGAUUUGGUUUUGGGGCAGCUUCAUUUACACUGAUGACAGUCAUUAAAGAAUGUUUAGGAGUCCGAAAUUGGUCCUUAUUAAAAAAGACUUUAUAUACAUUUACCGGUUUAACAAUUUUAAUUUUUGUAAAUCUUAUACAUAGAAAAUUAAAUGAUUUUAAUGGAUUAACAUUCUAUUUUAAAUUAAUUGGUGGAUUUGAAAUCUUUGUUGGAUUAUAUUGGUUUAUCUGCCACAUUAUCUACAUGACAAAUAAUAACAUCAAUUCAAGAUGGAAUAGUAUAGACUCAAUGUAUAAUUAA